GUAUUCCAAUACAAUCUUUCCUAUUUUUUGAAUCAAAGGUACUGCGGGUAGAGAAUUCAUGUUUGGGAAGCUCUAAAAAUUCCCUAUUCCUGAACCAAUCAAUAGAUUCCACAUAUGGCAGAUGAUAAUACUAUUGCAAAUCGCAUAAGCGACUCUCAGGCAUCACGCACACAAGCAUUGCUCGAGUAUUCAAAUUCGUUUUGAUAUUGUGAGCAGUUGUUAAAACUCAGUUCAAUCUUCAAACUUGUCGAAAUGAAAAGAAACAUGCAUUCAACUGAGAUAUGACAUUACAAAUAACAAUUAUCUGAGUUUCUAGGUAAAUGGAAAGCAACGAUUGUUACAGAAUUAUUGUCGGUUGCAUUAUAUGACAUGGUGUAUCUUUAGUGACAUUCCAGUGAUUCCAUAAUCAAUCGAUAGACUUCUUUUAUUUGACAUAUAAGCUACGAUGCUGCCAGUGACUCGUGCUAUUUUAUUAAAUUUAUUGUUGGCGUAUUUUGCUUUCGGUGGUCCCGAAGAGGAACAAGGAGUGAAGUACGCUGAUAAAUGCGAAGUGUGUAAAGUUUUAGCUACAGAACUUGAGGCCAGGUUAGAUGAGACAGGAAAAACACGUGAUGUGUUAGAGAUUGGAUAUUCAGUAGACGAUAUCAUGCCAAAGAAGAAGAAAGAAUAUAGGAAGUCAGAGCUGCGAUUAGUAGAAUCUAUGGAAAAUGUUUGUGAACGCAUAUUAGAAUAUAAUAUACAUAAAGAACGUACGGACAGUACAAGAUUUGCAAAAGGAAUGAGUCAAACAUUCAAAACAUUACAUAAUCUUGUAGAUAGAGGAGUUAACGUAGAUUUAGGUAUUCCCUAUGAGUUGUGGGAUAAGCCUUCUGUAGAGAUAACUACUCUAAAAACACAAUGUGAAGAUUUGCUGGAAAAUCAUGAAGCUGACAUUGAAAAUUGGUAUCAUAAUUAUCAGGGAAAGAUUUCUUUAAUUAAAUAUUUAUGUACUGAACGCGCAUUAAAAGGGCAAAAUGAUUCCUGCCUGUAUGAAAAGAUUGACACUAGCAAAGAUAAUAAGAAACAAGAAAAAAAGAAAUUGUCCAAAGACGAUGUAAAUAAUAAAAAAAAUACGAGGAUUAAUCCUCAAAAUAUGAAGCAAGAAUUAUAAAACUAUUAGGAAUAAACGAAUAAAUUCUCAUACUUUUUAUUAAUUGAUUAAACGAAAUGUGAUCCUAUAUCAUAUAGCAAUAUAUGCAACAAACUUCCAA